AUGAGCAGCAUGUACAACUUGGCCGACUUGCUGAAGACGAUGGGCCAAUUGGAGGAGGCAGAGCAGCUCUUCCGCGAAGAGCUCGAGAAGUGCCGGGCGAGGAAUGGGGACUCCCACCCGCAUACGAUGAUCAGCAUGCACAACUUGGCCUACUUGUUGAGGGCGAUGGGCCAGUUGGAGGAGGCAGAGCAGCUCUUCCGCGAAAAGCUCGAGCAGUGUCGGUCUGUCCACGGCGCCCAACACAAGGAGACCAUCGACUCGGCCAGGAGCUUGGCCAAGUUCCUGAAGGACCCGUCCUCGAUUCUCGAGUCCGGCUGA